AUGGCCAACACUACGAGGCAGCUCAUCGAGGCUCUGGAGCAUUUGCGCGAAGAGGCCGAGUGUUGCACGUGCCUGGGCGACCCCAGCGAGUUCGUCCUGCUGCCCUGCCGCCACUCCCUGUGCACCACCUGCUUCGUCCAGUGGAGCAAGAAGUGUCCACAGUGCCAAGCGACUGUGUCGCCAUCCGCCAAGGCACUGCCUCUUUUCCGCAUCGACGCCCUCCGCUUCAAGAACGAGUGUUCGGCGCUCAUAAAUCUCCUCACCCCGCACGCGGCCCAGCCAUCGGCGCCCGAUCUCGGGCGGGCCAUCGAACGUCAGCUCCUCGCUGGCGUGCCCCAAGUCAACAUCGCUGUGGUGGGGGCGGAGGGCGCGGGCAAGACGGCGCUGGUAUCGGCCGUCACCGGCGCGCCUGGCAGUUCGGGUGGUCUUGCGGCGCUAGGCACCACGGAGUGGAGCCCGUAUCGCGCCGACGCCCAGUCCAAGGUCAGCUGGUGGGACAGCGAGGGAGUGUCGACGUGGAGCAACAGGAAGGAGGUCGCUCGACUGAUGACUCAGCUCGGCCAGGUAGAGCGCAAGCACGGGAUUCAGUUCAAUCUUGUCAUCGUUCUUAUUCGCGCGUGGCAUAAGGUGAGUACGGAGGACCUGCAAAAGUUCCUCAAGCAGCUGCAGGGUCAGGGCAAGGCGUUCAUGGUGGUUACCUCGGACAUUGCUUCACUCGACCAGACCGAGCUGAAGCAGAGGCGAGACGACGUCCGAUCGCUCCUGCGCCCGUUUGGGGCCUGUCGGGAACGCAACGCGCACGUUGACAUGUUCAUCGCCACCGAUGCCCCAGACUUGUUCGCCAUCACCCUCAACUCGACCGCCCACAAGGCGAGCCGCUACGGCCCCGCAGUUGAACAGGAGGGAAUCGGCGACCUGGUGAUCUGCGCGCUCAUCGCCACCCUCCCCUCCCGAGGCAAAGACUGGCUGAGCGGGGCUGACGGGAGCCGGGCGCUGACACUGCUCAACUCCAUGGUCACGUCGGAGGUGGUGAUCAGCGCUGCUCGACCCGCUGGCGUUGCUGCCGAGUCGUCCUUCUUCAGUGUGGCCUACAACAGUGAGUGA